AUGGAAUUCAAUUUGCUCCACUUAAUUAGGCUGCUUUCCCAAGAGCAGAUCAACGCGUACAUCGAAAGCUCGGAGAUUCCACAGAAUUUACCUUUGUAUUUGACACAGCAGCUAAAGGAUAAUUAUGCGGUGUACAGGAACAUUUUUGCGAAAUUGAACUGUGAAGAGACCGAUUUAUACCAGCGAAUUACGUUGAAUGCAGGAAAGAGCAACAGUUUUAAACUGAAAGUCCGGAACAAACUGUUAAAAAGAAUUCUCGGGUGUAGUUUUGAACUGAACGUGUGCCAAGCUGCAGUUUUGGAUUUGGUCAAUGUCAAGAGCAAUGUUUUGAUCAACUCGCCAACGGGAACCGGUAAAACAAUUAUGGCAUUGUUCUUUAUUUUACGAACACUUGGCUACGAGAUUACUAAUGAAAACGAGAACACGGCGAGCGAACAGCCAGCUACGCAAGAAACUGGUCUGAAAAGUACAUUCGUGCGUAUCUCUAAGACGAUACGCAUCGUGUACCUCUCACCUCUGAAAGUGCUGUGUUCGCAGAUCUUCUCAUUUCUUGCAGAAAAACUCUCAGGGUUCAUAAACAUAAGUAUUGUGACAUCUGAUGAUUCACUGACUCACAAAGAGUUGGUCGAAAGCAAUUUGAUAGUCACCACACCGGAGAAGUUCGAUAGCAUUCUUAGAAAACAUGUGUUGUCUGUUGAUCUGCUGAUAAUUGAUGAAAUACACGUUUUAAACUCCGACAGAGGUGCUGUUCUAGAAACGAUGAUCAGCCGAAUGGUGGGAAAGUGCAGGAUACUGGGAAUGUCAGCAACCAUACCGAAUUUAAAAGACAUUUCUGUAUUUUUAAAGGCCAAAGCAAUCCACUUUGAUGGCUCGUACCGUAGUAUUCCGCUUGAAAUAAAUUUGAUCAAAGUACAAAAUCAUGAAGAUGUACGAGUUGCACGUGCCAAACACGUCACGCAGGUGCUGAACAAAUUGUUAAAUGAGCAGGAGGGAAAUACAAUUGUGUUCAUCAGACGACGAGCAGAAGUUGAAGACUGUUAUAAAAUGUUUAGUGGCAACAGUGCUUUUAAAUGUUUAUAUCACCAUGCCGGGCUCUCUAGGUCCAAAAGACUGAGCGCAGAGAAUAGUUUUUUGGAAAGUGGUGGUAAAACUGUCCUUUUUAGCACAUCAACACUCGCAUGGGGCGUGAAUCUGCCCGCCGAUAAUGUGAUAAUAUUCGAUGAUUUCACCGAUUACGAUAUUGUGCAGAUGAUGGGGAGAGCAGGCCGCGAAAAGUACCAUAAACCGGAAAAUGUAGCCAGAGCAUUUCUUAUUACAGAUAAUGUGGACCGACUGGAUCUGAUUUGCAAUUUAAAACCAAUCAAAUCACAAAUUAAGGAUAUUGAGGAUAUUUACCUUACCAAUUUGUUCCUGCGAACCGAACAGGCAUUUGAGUGCACGCUGUAUUGUCUGGAGAGAGCUGGUAAUGUUGCAAGAAAUGCGCAGGAGCAAAUUACUGAAAAGAAUCAACAACGAAAUGCAGAGAUGGAGAUCUAUCUUGCGGAUAAGAAUGAUGCUGCACAUCGAUGCAGCGAUCGUAAAACAGAACCGUACGAGCAACACGACGGGACAGCGGACGCAGUGGCAGUUUACGAACGAGUGCACAUUCAUGGACAAACAAGCGGUAUUUUUAGUUGUGAUACGCCCACAGCUUCGAAGCAAAGUACAAAAAUUGAGAAAUCGAUGAAUAACAACAUAAAUCACUCGUAUAACAAAACAUAUCACAUGUUCUACGAUGUAAUACACAAUCUCAUGGAACAAAAGCUGAUAUUUCUUCAUAAUGGCACACCGGUACUGAGCAUAGUAGCACGAAUCGCCGUUAUCUUCACGAUCAACUACAAGACAGCACUACGUUACUUCGAACAGAUGCGCAAUUUCAGAACUGAGGAGGAAAUCUUUUUGAUUCUAAAUGAACUGCAAAUAAAGGGAUCGUAUACCUGCCAGGAUCUGUUUCCUACAGAUACAAUGAUAGGAAAAUACAUUCAAUACUGCAUCCUAAAACAUAAAAGAAUCAACGACACGAUUCGUGUAAUUUUGAGGCAUCUAAGGGCACUUUUGCAUCUAAGCAACGAGAAGGGCACAGUUCGUGGCUCAAAGCUGCUGUUACUGCUUAUUUUGAUGAUAGAAAAUAACGUGAACAGGAGAAAGGAAGAUAGCAGGAGUACGGAGAGCGAGCAUCAAGGAUUUGAAAGCGCAAAGAUUGACAAGUCUAUUUUUAGAAAUAGUGCUUUUUCCAAAGAGUACCAUUUGUUCGUAUCAGAUCCAUUGGACAGCAUCCUGAUAUGCUAUCGGAGGGUAAAGACCAAGGAUCUUGAUUUUCUUGCUUUGCACGGCGUAUUUUUGGUGUGCUUUAUCGGAAAUGAUGGAAGCAAGGAGAGCAAAAUUGUUAGAUUUGGACCAAACAGUAGUUUUUAUUGGAACAUUGGGUCAACAACUGACAAUAAAACGCAAAAAAAGGAUCGGUUAACGGAGAGCAAAGCAGAUAAACGAAAGAAAGCACCGUGCACGGAACAAGAAUGGACGAAUGAACAGGCAAGUUGGUGCAUAGGUGCAUAUAAACGAGAAUUGAUUAUUAUUGACAAUAACAUUGCCGAUUAUUGCUCGCCGUUGAUGUUAUACCAGCACUAUUUGGUAAAGCUUGGUGGAAAAGGCAUCGUGGUUUUUGCUGAUAACAACGCGUACUCAUUAUUUCGCAGAAAUGGCGUAGAUGUGCAGUCGUAUCGUUUCGUUGACUAUCUGCAGGGCAGCAAUACCGAUGAGUAUGAUUGGUGUUACAUUAUGGGAACCUGUUUGAGAAGAGAUGGCGAUAUUCAACCGGAACACUAUCGCUUAGAACACCUCUUUCUCAUUAAUUCAAAAGAAUUUUACAUACUUGGAAACGGCUUGAGUGCAAAAAAAUGCACCGCCACAGACCUAGAGUGCCUUAAGGAACGUUUCAACAUCGCAAACACAUUCAGUCUGUCAAUGAUUGAAGUACUAAAGGAGCAUUUUAUACGUUUGAGAAUCGAAACAGCUGAUGAUGGUGCAAGCAAUAGUAACACGUAGAUCUUCAACGAUCAUUUAGUAUUACGAGAAUUGAUCAAAAAAUGAUUAACUAUUUAUCUCAACCACGUAUUCGACAGCAAUAAGGUGUUUAAUAACGCUUAUGUAGUGUUUUAUCGCACGCUUAGAGCGAAAUCGCUAAAAAGUUUAAUUUAGAUUUAUUGUGCAACCAGGACGGCUCAUCCUAAAAGUGUGCGCAAUGAGUUUAAUCUAAAGUACGUACGAACUGUAAAAGUGUGUUUUCCUGAGUGUUAUUGUAUAUGGAGGUAAAUAAAUGACGUUCAGUGAC